UGAAUUAAUGCACGUUCACACAAUUCCCGAAUCAACUUGGGCCGUACCACACAACAAACAGGGAGAUACAAAACAGCUAUCCGGCGCACACGGUGUGCUAAAAUGACCAAUUCAGUCCAAGCUCGACGACUGAUUUUAUCCAACAUAAUUUCCACAGGAAUACAAUUUUAUGCACUCAAAACAGUCUUUUAUACCAGUCAAAUUAAUAUUAUCUGUUGUCGCCGUGCGCCACUGAACGACAGGCGACCCCCUCCAACGUGCAGUAGUACGUCCCUCAGCUAGAGCGCGAGAGAGAUUCAGGGUGAGCGGAGAACAGGAGGAUUUAAAUACCUCUAAGCGGGCGACCUGCUCAGCCCUUCGGGUGUGGGAGGGUGACUGUUUUGUGUCUUUGCUAGACCGGGGGAACAGGGGGUGGAGGAGGAGGAACGGAUAAUGAGCUAUUCUUGUACCAGCACAGGCAACAGCCAGGACCCAUCGAGCUCUAAGAAGUCCGGCGGCGUUAAUCUCGGUAACGUUAGUUGCAGCAGCAGCAGCGGAGACACCGGCAACGGCAAUAACCGCCACAGCAUCCGCGGCAGGAAAGAGAACUCGAACCCUGAUUUAACCGAGGCCAUGAAAGUCAAGAAGGGCUGCAACACGACAGACGUCGGAGUCCCCGUAACCACAGAAGAGGAACUGCUCGCGAACAAAACGAUCACCCCGGAGGAUGUGCUGGGAUUGCAGAAGAUCACUGAAAAUUAUCUGUGUAGUCCAGAAGACAAUUUGUACAAUAUUGACUUCACACGGUUCAAGAUCAGGGAUAUGGAGACAGGAACCGUACUGUUUGAGAUAACCAAACCACCAGCCACAGAUAAAGGAGGAGAUAAAAGAGAUGUUGAUCCAAAUGCUGGACGGUUUGUACGUUAUCAGUUUACGCCGGCUUUCUUGCGGCUACGUCAAGUAGGAGCCACUGUUGAAUUCACAGUAGGAGACAUCCCCAUCAAUAACUUCCGGAUGAUCGAGAGGCAUUAUUUCCGUGAACAGCUGCUGAAGAGCUUCGACUUUGAGUUUGGCUUCUGCAUCCCCAGCAGCAAGAACACCUGUGAACACAUCUAUGAGUUCCCCCCGCUCUCAGAGGAUCUCAUACGUGAGAUGAUCCUCCAUCCUUACGAGACACAGUCCGACAGCUUUUACUUUGUGGACAACAAGCUGGUCAUGCACAACAAAGCAGAUUACUCAUACAGCGGAGGCCCGUAGGACAGCGGUGGGAUGGGACUGAGGCAAAGAGUUUGACUGACAGACCUAAGAACCAAUCACAUGUCUUUGUCCAGCAGUCACGCCCUCCUCGAAUCAGUGUCAUAGACGACCACCUGCAGUGCGCCAUGCCUGUUUUUGAAAUCUAGUCGUCUCAUAAGGUCUUGUCUGAUGCAUACAUAUCCUACUCUGAUUUCACACUGCCAUUGUUCACAUCAGCAUAUUAUAUUUUGUAACUAACCCCAAACAUGAGCAAAUUCACUCCAGUCCCAUGUUUUUUAUGGGCAAGGCGCUGUAAUGUGAAUGGUACUUAGGUGUUGCUAUUCAUCUUGUACGCGUGCACGUGUGUGUGUGUGUGUGUGUGUGUGUGUGUGUGUGUGUGUGUGUGUGUGUGUGUGUGUGUGUGUGUGUGUGAGAGGGGGGCGUCUAAGUGGGCCGUCCUCACAGUUUAACACAGAUACGACCAUUAUAUAUUGUUGAUGUUGAGUAUUACUUUCCCUGUCGGAAUAAGUUACAUCAGAAUUUCAUACUUGUGAACUUUUCAUCCUAAAUAGAAUAUAAUAAUUUUAUGGUGAGACCUUGACAUAAUUGAUAGAUUUGUGUUGCAUUAGAUAUAUUUUGAUACAUGAACAAACUUGCUUAAUUUUGAGAUGUUGAUUAUUUGUGUGGAAAACAAAAACAAAAAUCAAGCAAAAAAUGAAGUCAAAUCAAUUUAAAAGGAGUUCAUGGUGCACAUCAGUCAUGGAUCUGCGGAUACUAGGAACUUUUGCGUUCAUAGGUCCUGAUUAUACAUAAAUCAUGCUGCGAACCUCAUGUUUGUAUAGAUUAAACAACAUUUGUGAAAAACGUAUGCCGAAAAGGGAACAUGGCACACGUUACAAGCCUUGACAUUUCAAAUGUUCUGGUUCAUGUGGUUUCUUUUUGUCUUUGUAAAAACAAAAGGAAAGAAAUAUCUGUUUUCAACUGUCUAAAGAAAAGUAGUUCAAAGAGAUCAAGAGAUGGCGCCUCUUCUCAUCUCUCCAUCACACAUUCCAGUGAGCCAGCCCCUCACGGCUGUUUAGUGCACAUAGCAGAGGUUAGUUUUAAUGUCUUAUCCAAGGAUCCUUGUGUUCAUAGUGCAAAAAGUGCAUUUAGGAGAAUGAUUUAAAGAGAACCUAUUUUUGGUUUAUAAGUAAAGGAGGCUUUCAGGACUUAAGUGUGUAAAAUGGAGGAAUAACUUGAAAAAAUGUUUCUAGUCAUACAUGUAACAGCUUUAUUUAUAAUUGUGAUUUAUUGUAAAUGAUUUUGAGAGGGGAGAAAAUGAAACGUAUGUUUUGGACAGUUCAAACGCCUGUCUGGAAUAAAAUAAAUAAAUGUUGAUUUUCUUUUGGAGACUA